UCUUAUUGUGCUCUGUAGCAUAUACUCUUCUCAUUUUCAAAAUAGGAGCAACAGAAGAACUCGGGGCGGGAAAAUAAGAUCAACAAUGGAAUUUUUGAAUUUUCCCAUUCACCAUUUCUUCUCAAACCUAACGUCUCUGCAUUUUUUCUAAUCCUCGACACUGCCGCUGUAAUUUAUUCAGAAAAAAAUGGAGAGAAUACACGUGACUGUAAGAGCACGGCCACUCUCACCGGAAGACGCAAAAACUAGUCCAUGGAGAAUCUCCGGCAACUCCGUUUUUAUACCUAACCAUUCCUCCAAGUUUGAUUUCGAUUGUGUGUUUGGAGAAGAUUGUAAAACUGAACAAGUUUAUCGAGCUCGUACGAAAGAUAUUGCUGCUGCUGCAGUUCGAGGAUUCAAUGGGACUGUGUUUGCCUAUGGACAGACUAACAGUGGAAAGACGCAUACAAUGCGAGGCUCGGAUAUGGAGCCUGGGGUUAUUCGUCUAGCAGUUCAUGAUUUAUUUGAUACUAUUCAACAGGAUGUUGAUAGAGAGUUUCUUCUGCGAAUGUCUUAUAUGGAGAUCUAUAAUGAGGAUAUCAAUGAUUUGCUGGCUCCUGAGCACCGGAAGCUCCAGAUUCACGAAAGUUUAGAGCGGGGAAUACAUGUUGCUGGUCUGCAGGAAGAAAUUGUUGCUUCCCCUCAGCAAGUUCUUGACCGGAUGCGGUUUGGAGAAUCUCAUAGGCAUAUUGGAGAGACAAAUAUGAAUGUGUACAGUAGUAGGUCUCAUACUAUUUUCCGCAUGAUAAUUGAGAGUCGGGAUAGAACUGAGGAUGAAGAUAUUAGCAGCUCAUGUGAUGCGGUCCGUGUAUCAGUCUUGAAUUUGGUGGACCUUGCUGGCUCAGAACGUGCUGCAAAAACUGGUGCUGAAGGUGUUAGACUCAAAGAGGGUUCCCACAUUAAUAAAAGCCUAAUGACCCUUGGAACUGUAAUUAAAAAAUUGAGUGAAGGUGCUGAAAGCCAAGGGGGUCAUGUUCCAUAUCGAGAUAGUAAGCUCACACGAAUUUUACAACCUGCUCUUGGUGGAAAUGCAAAUACAGCUAUAAUAUGCAAUAUUACACUUGCUCAGAUUCAUACAGAUGAGACAAAAAGCAGUCUUCUAUUUGCAAGUAGAGCGUUACGUGUCACAAACUGUGCUCAUGUGAAUGAGAUUUUGACAGAUGCUGCCUUGUUGAAACGUCAGAAGAAAGAAAUCGAGGAGCUACGCACGAAAUUGCAGGGUUCUUCUCAUUCAGAACAUUUCGAAAAGGAAAUUCUCAACCUUCGUAACACAUUGUUACAGUCUGAAUUGGAAAGAGAACGGAUAACUUUGGAGUUAGAGGAGGAGAAGAGAGCACAAGCUGAACGUGAGAAAGUUUUGCAAGAGCAGGCCAAGAAAAUAAAAAACUUAAGCUCAAUGGUGCUGCACUCCAACAGGGAUGAAAACCGUGAUCAGCAAAAAAAGGGCAAAAGGCGGGAUACAUGGUGCCCAGGUAAACUUUCACGGCAGAUUCAUCAAGAGGUGGAUGUCAGGGCUUCUUCUGUAAAACCCACGGGAGUUGGCCGUGAUAUGAAGCCACUUAUUCCUUUUGAGGAAUUGAUGAGUGAACCAGGAGAGGAAGCCAACCUCUGUCAGCAAAAAGAAGAUUUUAACAAUAAAUCUUUAGAAGAGUGCCCACUUCCUGAUCCUUGUGCCUUAAUGAAUGUGACAAAUAGAAGAAAGAGACCAGUAAAGAAAAGCUAUUUCCAGGAGAAUCAUGAAUUGGCAGAAAUGCAAGCAGAAUAUGAGCAAUUGCUUCAUAAUUUUGAAACUCAGAGAACUUUAAGUGAGGUCCAGAUUGAUUUCUUGACAAGACAGCUGGCUGAGGCUGAUUUGUACAAGUCUGCUAAUUGUAAUACCCGUACCACCUGCAAUUGCUUCAGAGAUUCCAAUUAUGUGGACAAAGAUGCAACUUUGAGGGAAUCAGAGGCAAUCUCUGUUAUCAAACAUCUUCAAGAAAAGAUUAAGACCUUAGAAAUGGAACAGUCCUCAAGUCAGCAAAAUCUGGAUAGUGUUGGUGAGCUAGCAACAAAGCAGAGUUUAUUUGCCAGGGAGAAGUUAGAAGAGAUUUCUCAGCUCCACAAAGAGCUCCAAAAUGCACGGGAGGAGGCUAAGGCUGUUCAUGGACACCUUACUUCUUUGCAAUCUUCAAGAACAAUUGAUGAAAAUUUUGACUCUGAGAUAAAGCUUUCAAUGAACAUCCAAGACAUAGCGUCUGAAGUUGAGAACUCUAACAAAGUUGUCGAGAGUGUUUUCUCACUUUUGGAUGAAGUUUUCCAGAAUUACUCUGCCAUGUGUAAUGUUUUCAAUGAUUUCAAGGUUCUUAUGUGUCAGAGCUCUCAGCAGCAGAAAAUGAUUACCGCGAACCAUGAUAAGCUGUAUAAUGGCAUGAGGCAGAAAGUUGCCGAAGUUGAGAGUGAGAAGCUCUUUUUGUACAAUCAAUCUGUUGAGCUUCAGAAACAAAUACAAGAACUGCAUCAGGAAACUCAAAAUCAUGGAGUGUCCUUCUCAGCACUUGCUGAGCAACAUGAUCUUGAAAAAGAGAAUUUGUUUUCUCAAAUUCAAACUCUCGAAAAGGAAAUUUCGCUGUGUUCCUUGGCCAAAGGAAAAGAAAAUUUGAGAAAAGAUCUCGAGAAAACAAAACUGAAGUUGAAAGAGACUGAGUUCAAGCUCAAGAAUGCAAUCCAGGAGAAAACGAAACUUGAGGGUGAGAAAGCUGUUGCUGAAAGAGAGGUAAAACGAUUGCAUGGUCAGAACACUCGUCUUGAGCUUGACAUCAACAAGCGUGACUCACUUGCUGGUAGAAGGCGUGAUUCAGUUGUUGAGGGGAGUUCAAAAGUUUUUGAUCCAAAAAAGGCUAAAAGUAAAUUUUCUUCAGAAAUGAAAAUGCAGAUGAUGGAGGUAGACUAUAAAGAGCUGGAAGUUUUUGCAUUUGAAAUGGAAACAGUUAUUGCUAAACUGGAAGAGGAAGUAGCAGCUUUACACAAGGAAAAGGAAGAGGUUUUAUCUAGAAAUGACAGUUUGACCUCAGAGUUGGAAGAUCUUUCUGAAAAGUUAGACACAUCAAAUGCAGAAUUGGGAAUAUUGAAAGAAGAAGUUUCUGGCCUGAGGCAAAGAUUGGAAGAAUCUACCAUUAACAAGCAAACCAUGGAAACCUCUAUUGAAUUGUUGAAAGAAGAAAAAGAAGAGUUAGCUAUGCAACUUACUGACUCACUUUUGGAAAUGGAAGAGGAAAAGGCAAUAUGGUCUGCUAAGGAAAAAGUUUCUAUUGAAGCCAUAGAAGAGAAGGCAAAGUUAUAUGACAUGGAGAUUAUAUCAUUAUCUAAUGAAUUGUCAGAGGUAAAAAGCAAGUUAGAGUCCUGUACCGAGGAAUGCAAAGUCUUUCAAGAACGAUUAACAUGUUCUGAGGAGAAUGAGAAAUGGGAGAUGAAAUCCAGUAUGGAGAAGUCUUUGGAGAUUGAUCAACUAAAAGAUGCCUUGCAAAGAGCUAAUGCUGAGAGCAAUCAAUUUCAAGAGAAUCUUCAAAGCCAACUUUCCAGUGUAAGUCAAGAAAGGAAUAAAUUGAUGGUUGAAAUUGAAAGGUUCCAGAGUAAUGCGAGCGAAAUUGAAUUUUCAAGAAAAAAUUAUGAUGGCAUGCUAUUGGGUGCUAAAGUGCAAAUUGAGGAGCUGAAUGCAAGAAUUUCUAGCAUGGAAGCCAUGAUGCAUAAUGACACUGUCAAUAAUAGUAAGGAAAAGGCAAAGCUUCGGAUGCGGCUUCAAGGAACGCAAACACGUUUAGAGGCUUUUCAGUUUAGGUACAAUGAAGCAAUAGAUGAGCUGAAAGUUAUGGACAAGGAGUAUAGACUGGCUACAUUAAGCCUCAAGGAGAAGUUAGCAAUGUAUGUUACGGAGGUCCUCAACCUCAAGAAGCAACUUGCUGGCAAAGCUUCAAAUUGAUAUCCCUAAUCAAUUCUAGGGUUUUGUUGUACAAUAUAUGCAAUUGUGUAGGAAGCAAUUUUUGUAGGGACAAUCACGUUUCCGUAUGUAAAUCAUCCAUUCUUAUGGCUUUAACUUUAUGUACAGAUUAGGUUGACAUCCGCAAGUUGCGCUGGUCAGAAUAAUUUAUAGUAUGAGGAAUGAGGUCUCAACAUUCAGAAUACUGUUUUGGUGAAUAGUAAAAUUCUCUUUUUCUAUUUA